CAAACAGGAUAGUGGUGUAGUGCUUCAAUAGAACCUUGUAAAUUGUAAAAAAACAAAGACAAAUAUCAAACCAGUCUUUAUUGCUGACUUGGUAACCCGGGAAACUUCAAACAAAGUAGACAGGGAGGCCUUUUUUCUUCAAAUACGGGCAGCGCCAGAUGGAUGGGCCUUUGUGUACAAGGAACUCGAUAGAAAAUAGCUGUCAGAAGCCUAAGCUGGAGGUGGUGCUGUUGUGUCAACCAAAGGGAUCCAAGAUGGAAUACCUUGGACACACUCAAACUGCCACUUACAUGACGGGUCCACGUCUUGGGGCUAGUAACACACAGACCUUUCUUCCUUCCAUUAGCACUAUGCAGUCCUCUUACAAAGCAUUUGAUAACGCAGCAGCACCGUCACAGCUCAGACGUUCUCUUACAACACUGCCAUGGAGGCCAAGCACAUACUACCAAACUGCCAGAGUAAAUCCAAGCUCUGCUCUUGUGAGAAGCAUGCCAGAUCCCAUGUCGGCAAGAAAUCAACUCUCUGAAUUGGACAGUAUUAAAGUGCCCCCUGUGUUUGCUGCAGCUAGAAAUGCUCUUUACACUCGUUAUACUCCUAAUGAUUGGUCCAACUCAAACCAAGGAAAUUAUUUAUCUUCCGAUAGAGUUAGAUCAACAGCUGAACGGCUUAGGUUGGACACUGUACGUCUUUGUCGCGAAACUGACGACAAAACAAGAAGAACACAGAGCGAUGUAGGUAAACGUCUCGGUGAGAGAAUAGGAGAUAUCACAUUCUGGAAGACAGAAUUAAGUAAUGAAACUGAUAACAUGAUGGCUGAGAUAAACGCUUUACAGGAGGCAAAGAGAGUGUUGGAAAAGUCACUACAGGAGACUGAGAACCCACUGCAUAUCUCACAGGAAUGUCUGUAUCACAGAGAAAAGAGACAAGGAAUUGAUCUGGUGCAUGACAACCCAGAGAGAGAAUUAAUUAAGGAGGUUGAUAUCAUCAAAAGAUGCCAGGAAAGAAUGAGGACCACCAUAGACAAGGCAAAUGCUCAACUCGGUUUAUGUCGAGCAGCUCAACAUGAGCUUGAAAUGGAUGAAAAAGAUAAAUACAGUGCUAAAAAACUGGAUGAAUCAGCGAAAACAAUUAGAAAUGGCUCAAGAGGUCUAGCUUUUCAUAAUGGAAUAGAACGUCUAGAUAACUCAUUAUCAGUACCCGAGACCUGGGCUCAGUUCAGUAACAACAACAUCCAGCGUUCACAGAGUGAGAGAGCAGCAUCAAAGAACAUGCGUAAUGAGAUAGAGAGUGUACUCAACUCGUGCGCUAACGAGAUGUGGCAAGAAUGGAACUCUGUCAAUGUCGCUCUCACAGAGAGGAUGCAGGAGUCAACCGAUGCCAGGAACAGAUUACAGACACAUUUAUCUAAGGUAUUACAAGAGAUAUUUGAUAUGGAAAAGAACAUAGAGUUCCUCAAGAAGGCCAUUCAGGACAAGGAAGCUCCCAUGCAGGUAGCUCAGACCAGACUGGACACCAGAAUACGCCGACCCAAUGUUGAAUUGUGCAGAGAUCCAGUCCAGCACAGGCUUGUUGAGGAAGUCAAUGAGAUCUCGGAGACCGUCGAGUCUCUCCAGAACAAGCUCCGUAUGGCCGAGAACUCCCUGCAACAGCUCCUUAGAACGAAGGCAUCUCUGGAACAAGACCUCAGUAUCAAGAACAACUCCCUCUUUAUUGACAGAGAGAAGUGCUUGGGAAUGAGAAAAACUUUCCCAAUGUCACCUAGAGUUGUGUCCCUUUAAAUGGGAAAAUCGUAGACUUAUUGUAGCAAAAUGAAAAUUUUUAAAUAUUUAAAGAAAUUUCCAACUUUUAUGACACUGUUAAGAUAUGAAAUCAUGAGAAAAUGAAACCAUUUGUGGAAGAGUUGUUAAAAUAAUUAUUUUGUUUUUCUGAGUCAUUUGUUAAAUUGUUAUGUUUAUUCAUUUAAAUGACAUACACCAUAUUUAUCAAUAAAUUUUGUUCUCUGAAUUAAAAAGAGAUCAAUUUUAAUUGAGUUUAUCAUGUGCAAAUUUUUUUGAUGCAUAAUUAAAACAUUUCGUAUUUUGAUUGAAAUAUAUGUGUGCAUCAAUAAAGUAAUCAGUAUUAAUAAUAAUAACUGUGACUGUUUCUUAUGUAAAAUCAUGUUUUGAAAAUAUCCUUUUAUCAAAGUAAUAAGUUUUUCAAGGCAUUUGAUUGUUCUUAUACCGAAAUUAUGGCUCUUUACAAAAUCUUAGAAAUAAGAUUGGAUUUAUUUUUUUAGGAACAAAAAGUUUAAUCAUGUUCAUUGAUUAUUUUUUCUAUUUUCUGUUUAAUGCAAAGUUACCCAUAUUUUACAUGGAAUAUUUCACAGUUUAAUUGAAUUCACCUAGCAGUAUUACCCCCUUCCUGUGUGCACGUCUCUUGUUUUUUUCUUAAACCUAAGCUUUUUUGUUUUGUGUUCACAUAUUGUCAUUGUAUAAAAGCAUAUGAUGCUGCUUAUCAUAUAUUUUUGUUGGUUUGUUACUCGUUGAGACUUUGUAUUAUUACCCCCAUGAUACGCCUGUGAUAUAGCGUCUAGGUCCGUCCAUUUUAUAUUACAGUUUUUUCUUGAUAACUUAUCAAAUUUUAUACAUGUGUUAUAUGUGUCUUAUUAAUGUCUUUUAACAUAAUGUAUACCAGUGUUAAAUCCUUGUUACUUGUUUUUUAAUUUCACUUGAAAGAAUUGCUCAAACAUAUAUCUAUAUAUAUAUCUAUUCAGUUAUUUCAGAAAGGCAAAAGAAAGAUCUAUCCAUUUUUACCAUAAGUAUUAACCAUCCUAAAGAAUAGAAAAAAAAAUGACAUUACUUAAAAGAUAUGCAGUACAUUUAGAAAUAGCGACUUUUCUUUAAAUGUUAUAUUCUAGUAUAAUGUAAAAUCCCUAGCUUAUCUGUCACCCCAAAUUUCUACUGACCCCUUCUGUUUGAGAACACUUUCAUUAUUUCCCUGCUCAUUUAAUAUCAUUUGAAAGCUUUAUCUGUUUAUAUCUGUAUGGUUGAAAAGUGAAAUAAAGUUUAUGCAGUGAA